AUGUCAUCAGUUAAACUCCCAUUGAAGCUCCAUUUGCUCUUUUCACUUGACUACUUCCUCACAAAGGCCUGUCGCCGCUCAAAUGGCACCGUGAACCGCCGUCUCCAUAACCUCUUCGACCUCAAAACCUCUCCCUCCAAAACCCCACGAAAAGGGGUCUCAACCUCCGACACCAUCAUCAACUCCUCCACCAAUCUCUGGUUCCGCCUCUACACACCUCACUCCACUAAUAACGAAGAAAAAAGAAACUUGCCAAUAAUCAUUUACUUCCAUGGAGGUGGCUUCGCGUUCUUUUCCGCCAGUUCCAUUGUCUACGACAUCUGGUGCCGACGGCUUUCCAAUGAACUACAGGCUGUGAUUUUCUCAGUGAACUAUUGUCUCGCGCCUGAGCAUAAGUUUCCAAGCCAAUACGAGGACGGAUUCGAAGCUUUGAAGUUCUUGGAUGAAAAUUUUGAUAGACUUUCGAUAAAUGCUAAUUCAGGAUUGUGUUUUCUUGCUGGAGAUAGCGCAGGUGGGAACUUAGCGCAUCACGUUUCUGUAAAAGCUGGAGAGCUUACAUUUUCUAAGUUGAAAAUCAUUGGACUCAUAGCAAUACAACCGUUUUUUGGAGGAGAAGAGAGGACAGAAGCGGAUUUUCUCCAUAGUAAGGCUCCGAUUAUGACAUUGCACUUCACGGAUUGGUAUUGGAAGAUGUUUUUUCCAGAUGGGUCAGAUCGAGACCACCCGGCAGCUAAUGUGUUUGGAUACAAAUCAUCUACUGAUAUUUCUCAGGUUGAGUUUCCGGAAACUUUGCUUUUGACAGGAGGGUUUGAUAUGUUGAAAAAUUGGCAAAGAAGGUACUAUGAGGGGUUGAAGAAAGCAGGAAAAAAAGUGAAUUUGGUGGAGUAUCCGAAAGCAUUUCAUGGAUCUUAUAUUUUUAAGGAGUUUCCUGGAUACCCUUUGUUUAUAAAAGAUAUUAGAGAGUUUCUGGAAAAACAAACAAAAAAAAAAUUAUCAGAAAUGUGGUUAGAUUAA